AUGAAUACGAAACAAUGGCGACUGGAGAAAGGUCUGCCGGCCAACCGUUUGACCGAGGGAGUGCUAAUUGAUGCACCCGACUAUACUUUCUUAGACGGACGUCCUACACCUUUGCUGCAAAAGCAGAAGAAGAGGAUGCUAAGACAACAGGAUUAUGCUCGGCAGAUUGUAGAGAGUAUUUCAGAAAUAGAUUUUGCCAAACAGAGAUAUCUUGAUAACAUAAAAGCUGUAGAAGAAGAGAGAAAUAAAAUAAUUAAUAAUAGAUUGAAACCAAAAGGCAAGGAAUUGUUAAGGAAAAAGUAG